AUUCAUGCGAAGGAGCUAACGCAUGCUCGUGGUUGUUGUGACACUGCGUAGAAUCAACGUUGGCAGAGAGAACAUUUAAGAACAAAGUGCUUGUCUUAAUAAAAGAUAAAAAUAUCAUCGAAAGGCAUGAAGAAUUUGGCAAUAUAAGAGGAACUUUCAUUUAAGGACUGUAACAAAAGACAUCUAUAAUAGCUCACUAUUGAGCCGCAUUGUGAUAGGCCUUAGGCCAUAAUUGUUAGCCGAUUCAAAAUGGCACCCGUGGUUGCAUUGGAAGUGGAGAAUAUCUCUUUGAAUGACAAAGAUGAAGAGAAAGAAAAACAAGAGGAGAAUAAGAUAAAGGAAGUCGAGUCAGUCUCGAGGCCUACGAUUGGAAUUAUUUAUCCACCACCGGAAGUAAGGAACAUUGUUGACAAGACUGCAAAUUUUGUGGCGAGAAAUGGCCCAGAGUUUGAAGAAAGGAUCAGAGCCAAUGAAGCAAAUAAUCCAAAGUUUAAUUUUUUGAACCCAAAUGAUCCCUACCAUGCAUAUUAUCAGCAUAAAAAGAAAGAGUUCCAUGAAAAUGAUCAGCAAGGUAUCACUCCAGCAGCUCCAAAGGCAGCCCCGUCCCAACAAACUACUCAAAUCAAGCAAAUCAAGCAAGCUGUUCCACAAGUGACUGAGCCAGUUGUGCCGAAAGAGCCUCCACCAGAUUUUGAAUUCAUUGCUGAUCCCCCCUCAAUAUCUGCUAUUGAUUUGGAUAUUGUUAAAUUAACAGCACAGUUUGUUGCUAAAAAUGGCAGAACUUUUCUAACUAAUCUCAUUAACAGAGAACAGAGAAACUAUCAGUUUGAUUUUCUGAGACCACAACACAGUUUGUUUCAAUACUUCACCAAACUUGUUGAACAGUACACAAAGGUAUUGUUACCGCCUUCUGAUCUUGACAAAAAGUUGAAAGGAAAUGUCGAUGACCCAUUCAAGGUAUAUGACAUCGUCCAACAUCGAGUGGAAUGGGCCAGGUAUCAGGAAAGGGAAAGGAGAAAAGAGGAAGAGGAAAGAGAACGCGAAAGAGUCGCCUUUGCCCAAGUGGAUUGGCACGAUUUUGUCGUUGUUGAGACUGUGAACUUCAGAGAAGACGAAAUUGCCAAUCUGCCUCCGCCUGUUACAUUGGAGCAACUUGGAGCCAGAAUUCUUGCACAAGAAAGAUUCGAACGCAUGCAGGAAACUGGUGAAAUCAAUGCAGAGGAAAUGGAAAUGGAAGUGGAAGAUGAUGAAGAAGAAAAUGGAAUAGAAACUGGCAUUGACAAAUCCAGUGCUACAAGAGACAGUAAUCGCCCACCGUCGCCUCCGCAUCCACCAUCCGCCGAGAUGAAACAACCGCCUUUACCACCAACGGCGCCAGGGCCUAAUGUCAACAUUCGAAGGGACUAUGACCCGAAGGCCCCUAAGCCGCCACCGCCUUCAAGUGCUCCUCCUCCUGACAAAUACUUGAUAUCACCUUUGACUGGAGAGAAGGUCCCUGCGGAGGCUAUGGCCGAACACAUGAAGAUCAAUCUUCUGGACCCACGGUGGAAGGAGCUUAAACAAAGGGCUGCUGAUGAGAAACGGCAGCAAGAGCAAAUGUUUGCCGAAGGUGUGUCUGUUGGUUCAACUUUGAAAGAUCUAGCCCAGUAUCGUCCUGAUAUCUUCGGUGUCGGAGCCGAGGAAAUAAUGAUUGGGAAGAAAGCAGGUGACGAAGAUAAAAGAGGAGAUAAAGUGGUCUGGGACGGACACACAGCCAGUAUGGAACGUGCAACGAAACUCGCUCAAGCUAAUAUAACCCUAGAGGAACAGAUCGAGGCUAUUCACAAAGCCAAAGGACUUAUCGCCACUGAUGAUGAAGGAAAAAUUGGUCCGUCAGUUCCCAAACCCCCUGAAGCAACCGACUUCGGCUACAGGCCACAGCCCCCACAGAUGAGCACACACGGCGAGCCCCCCAAACGCCCAGAACCACCGAGGCAGCCAGAGCCUCCACCCCUUAUCCAACCACCACCAUUGUUACCCACAUCGAAGCAAGGAAACCCUCUUGGUGACCAUCAUCCCCCUUCGAUGGGUUUGCCCCCACCUCCUAUUCUACCCCCACCUGUUCCACCUCUAGUGAUGCAACCACCUAUUCCACCACCAAAUGUGAAACCAGGAUUGCUGGGACUUGCCCCAGGUCAGGCACCUCCAGGUGUUCCAAUGCCCCCCGUCCCUCUUCCUCAAGGUCUUCCUCAACCAAUCCCACCACCACAAUUACCAGAUAGCUUGCAGGAGGAUAGGUCAGAUGAACCAUAUGCCAAGCGUUCACGAAUGGACGGUGAUAAUGAGCUAAUGGGUGAACAAGAGUUCUUGGCGACGCACCCAAGUCCGGUAACUUUCAAGGUGCAAGUUCCGGAAAUGAGAGAAAAGACGGAAUGGAGAUGUCAUGGGCAAGCGUUAAUGUUUACGUUGCCUUUGACUGACCAGAUUUCAGUCAUCAAGGCAAAAGUCCAUGAUGCAACUGGUAUGCCUGCUGGAAAACAGAAGCUUCAAAUUGAGACCAUGUUCAUAAAAGACUCAAACACGCUGGCUUUCUACAACUUCACGUCAAAUACAGUUGUUGGCUUGCAGCUGAAGGAGCGCGGUGGAAGAAAGAAAUAACUUUCUAUGCUCUCAUUUUCAGACGUUUCAUACCGGUAACUUUAGAGACGGUACUAAAGACUAUUUGAAGAUUCACAGAACUGCAAAGAAUUCUCUGGACUAUAGUCUCAAACCGACUUUCUUUUAAUUAGCUCAACUUGAAAUAACUCUCCGGACUUUUCGUAAGUGUCUGCUGUCGAUUUUCCCGAAAAGGCUCGCUAAAUGUACAGUGUCUUUUAUAUUAUGAUACUUUACUCAUUCUCUUCUCAAGUUUAUAGUCACAGUCGAACCUACAUCAUCCAGCUUAGCCAGCCGAUUCUAACCAAGCAGGUGUCUAUAUUUGGCUCUGAAGCUUAAGCUUAGAUGUGUAGCUUCUUGCUUUUUCUGGUAAACAGUAAGAUGUUUUUCCAUGAAAGAUGAUCGUCAACCAUG